CCCAAACCAGAGAUAGAGAUAAUCCACCCCCUUCACACAAAAACACUCUAGCCGCCCCUAAUUCCCCUAUCCUCUCACGCAUUGACCAGACUCACGCAAAAAAAAAAAAAACACGAUAUUCACUAUCUCUGCACACACAAUUCUCACCUCUCUUGGAUUCAUGGAUACACAUUCAUUCACGCAUCCUAACUUCCUUCACACUAAAAAGCGCUCAAAUGAAGAUCUGAAAUCACAAAAAAAGAGGGCCAAAAACAAAAGAAAACUAGGAUUUCGAAGAAGAUUUGGGGAGUAAUUGAUUACUGAAGUUUCAAAAUUCAAAUUCCUCCUCCCUGGAUCUAUAAAAGGCUGCUGAAUCUCGAAUUUUGUGGAUGUUUGUUGCUGUUUGAUGUUGUUCUGUACCGGAACUUGUUCAUGUUGCUCUCUUUAGCUAAGAGAGCCGACGAUUCUCGGCUGUUCAUCUUCGUUAAUGGAGGAUAGACAGAAAAUUGUGGAUUCCGGCAGAGCUUAGAAUCAAUUCGAGCAGCAGAUUCAAGCUUUUAUUGACAGAACAAACAAAAAACUGCAGAAGAAUGGUAUCAAAAUCGUUUCCGCACCUUCAAUAGUUCACCAAAUCAUUAUGACUUUCAAAGGUCGGAGAGUGAGCAGUGGGUUUUCUGUGACCCGUAUGCAUAUCAUCAGUAUUCCGGUAUAAAUUCUAAGUUUUUAUGGAGGUUCCUAUGGUUAUUUCACUGGUGGAUUCAACCCAGCGGAUGGAGGGCAGAAUUAUCUCGAUUCAACCACAAAUGCUUACUCUUACCAGGUUCCAUAUGCUUAUCAGGUCGACAAUAACAAUCCGGGCUUCUAUUUCGUUCAGUUCCGUGAUGGUUCUCUGGUGUCUAUGACUGCCGCUAGGCUAGACAGCUUGCUCAACUUUUGUCCCGAUUAUUUGGGGACUAAUUGCUCACAAAUAAAUUUUCAACCACUUAAAGCACCUCUUGGUGCAUUUGAAAUGGGUUAUAUGACCAUUUUGAGACUGAUCGUUCCUUAGCAAGCAAUGAUUCAACAAUGGAAGAGGAAUAUUUAGUAAGCGAACAUUCAGAAAUUAAGGAAGAUCAGGUGUUUGACAAAUUGCCACCACGGUUGCCAACACAGAACGUCACUGCUGAUUCCCUGGUAUCACCAUUGUUUCCUUUACUGUCCAUUCCUAACCAAAAUGCAUCGAAACCAGCUUAUAGAGAUGAGGACUUUCCCACAGAAGAUGACAAUGAAUAUGAUGAAGGUUUAGAAAGCAAUGGACGCCAAGUGCUUGAUAAAAGUCCCCAAUUGAAUGAAAUUGUUUCGCCAGUUGCUACGCCAGUAUUGGGUACUGAAAUUACCGAGAUACAUCAUACAUCCCUCGCAUUUUCUAAUUGUAAUAAGUACUAGGUGUUUGAAUAACCUCAAAAGAACAAAACUGUGUUGCCUACUGAAUUUUGGUCAAUGAGAACGAGGGAGGGUGAGGUUCUAUCUAAGGAUAAGGAGGUACCAAUUGAGAUCAAAAGUGACAAUGAAGAAAAUUCUGAAAAUGAAGAGACCCAGGUGUUUGAUAAAUAUUUUCAGGGAGAAAAAGCGGGACUUCCUGCUAGUAUCGUGACAUUGACCGAUGAAGCUCUUACCAAAGCUCAAAUUGAAAUCAACUGGAAGAGUUUUAUAUUAACAGAACUUUGUCUAUCUGAGCUAAGAGGAAGAUUCUCUAGUGCUAUUAAUCAGGCCAUGCGAGAGGAGUUGAACAAAAGUGAACGACUCAAGAUAAUAACUCACAGGCGCUUCAAGAACAACGUGACAAGUUGGUUCAAGACAAUUAAUCCGGUUCAUGACAAGAUGGUUUGUGAUAGUGUGGUGAGUCGAAAAGAAGCUAUUGCUAUGGUCAAAUUCAAGAAUGACGAGACAGAGGAGACAAAGUCAUUCCAGAUGCACAUUGUAUUUAACCUGGAGGAAUUAACAUUGAAUAUGGUCGUUGGCCCUCCUCUUUCAUUAUGUUGCGACAUUACUUUUGCUUGGGCUAGACAAGUGAAUCUCACUAGAUAUUUGCUAGUAGGAUCUGUGAGUGAAUCAAAUGAAGCAUCUGAAGUGGGCGUGGCAAUAACAUUAACUGAUUUAGCUCGAGGUAUGUUUGAUUCGGAUGAAUCAAUACAAAGUUCUUUUACUGCUAGUUUUAUGUCCACAUUAGGAUGCUUAUACAUGCUUGUUUUCAUUGGAAUCACAUUGAUACCUUGUUGGGCACAGGGAAGAUGAGGGUACUAGCAACCAGGUUUUUAUCAUGUGCUCUCGCAAACUCUUCUUCACGGAAGAGUGAUCAUUUCUUACAUAAUCAUUUUGAGAAUCUCCUUACAAUUUAUUCUUCUCCUCAUCCUAUUCUCCGUCACCUUAUCUCUAUUUCUAUAUCUCUUUAUCUAUCAAUCUUCCCAUUUAUCUAUUUAUCUCUCUUCCUCUAUAUUUCUCUAUUUCCCUUCUUCUGAAGUCAGUCAUUCUGUUGAGAUUGAUUCUACUGGGAACUUUCAAUCCUUGAUUGUUAACUCUGCAGUCUUUGCUUGGAAGUUGAUACCUUAGUUGUUGCGCUUGCUUGGGUUGUUGCUUUAAUUCUUAGGAUUAGGUUUAUCAGAUGCUAUGAAGAGAUCACAGAUAUAGUAUCUCCCUUGAUUAUUCUGUGCAAUAUUGAACAGUUCAUUUGUUCUGUAACAAGUAUUAGGCAGUUUAGAGGUUCGAAUAGAAAAGUUAUUGUGGCUUACAAUUUGGGAGGAGGAACCUUUAUUGAAUCAAGGUUGGAGGUCAGUGAUGAGGUGUUGCCUACUGUGAGUAAUAUCUAUCUUGGCAGAGUUGGUUUCCUAGAAGAAGCUCUCAAGCUUAUUAAGGCUAUAUCUGUUUCCUCGACUAAUUUUGAGGUAUCAUUUCGUGCUGGAGAAGAUUAUCACAAAGUGGUAGUAGCUGAAGCCUUUGUCUUUUGGUGGGGUGAGGAAAGUGUUUUCACGUUUGAUCUUGGUAAGGGCUAUGGACUAUCGAGUGUGAAUGCCAUUGCUGGCCAAUCUUUAAAGUGGAACACAUGAUAUGAGAAUCAUGAUUUUGCUUAUGAUAGUAUCGUAAUAAUUGGAGAUGUUGCUACAGUAGAUAUGCAAUCAGCUGCUUAUUGGAGUGGUUUCAACAGGGAAAGAACUACUAUGAAAGUGCUACCAGUUCACUCCUUAGAAGCUAUGUUCAAAAGACCUUUGUGGAAUUCCUCUGUGAAGUCAGUAGAGGCCUGUAAGAGUGAGAGCUAUGCAGUAGACAGUACUACAUUCCUUAGGGGCUAAAGAAGAUUUUCAUUGAUAUAGAAAUGCUUGUAUUAGAGGCACUUUGUGUUUUUGCAAUUACUCCAAAUCGUGCAACACCAGAAGCAAACAUUGAGACCCAACAUGAGAAGGGAACAAACAUUCUUUCAUAGAAUAUUGGUUUAAAACAUCAAGGGUUCUGUUGUAAGCCAUGAAGUGGAGGAAUCUGUCAAAAGCCUUUAUCUUUGUAUGAUGGUGGUCCUUGCAAUUGCUGGCAGGAAGUUUAUGGAUACUAGGUAAAAAGAAUAAAGAUAUCCCUGCUCAUGUUAUUUUCUCCCUACACUAUGAAUUUGUUAAGAAUGAAUUUUUUAAGUACAAGCUCAAGAAUUCUCACUAGGACAAGAAACUUAAAAGUGCCUCACAGUAAUCACCCAUUUUCAAAUUUCAAUUUUUCUAACCUUGAGGACAAGGUUGUUUUAAGGGUGAUGGAUUGUAACGAAUGGAAGAAAAUGUUUUGUUAUUAUAGUUUAGUCUACAUUUUGUUAUUGUAAUUGAGUCAUGUACUUAUUUCACUUUCAGUCCCUACAAGUGGCUAUAGGAUUAGUUGCCACGUGUCCCAUUUAUUAGGAGCCUUGUCUUAUUUAUUUCCAUGUAUUUCCUUUUUCAUAGCUAUGUUGAAUGAAAAUUGAGUAUUUAUUUUUC